GAAUAGUAAUUCAUAUAUAUAUUGAAUUAAAGCAAUUUUACAUGACAAAGACAGUUUGUUGACAUUUAGCUGUCUGUAAAUAUUAAAAUUUGACAUAAAAUGUUUUGAAAUCUAUAUAAAAAUGGCUACAUUUGCAUUAAAAAUAAACUUUUUGAUAUUGUUAUCGACAGCGUUAUGUUACAAUGAGUACCGUAAGAGUGCAUUGGAUGCUGGACAAUCAACGGCGGCACUCAAUUCACUAAACUCGGAUGAUGAUGAGGCGAUCGUUGAAUUUCCAGAAGCUGAUAAAUUUAUGGAACGUUCCCUUGGCACUGAAAUACGUAGACGAUAUACGUGCCAUGAAUGCGAACCACCUGAUUGUCGAUUAAAAAAGACAUGCUCUAAUGCAAUUGCUUGUUUUAAAUCAAGUGUACGAGAUGUUGAAGGUCAUGAAACAGUGUCGCGAGGAUGCACAUCAAACGUUGAUCAAGUUCCGCUGUUAUGUAAUGCGCCAGCUGCGUUUCGAUCGGCAAGUGAUUCUGAUGGAACAAUAAAACGUUAUUCUAGUAUGGCGAAGCAGUAUCAUAUUGAAUGCUGUGAAGGUGAUUUAUGUAACAACGGCAGUUUCCCAGCAUUAACACCUCAAAAUGAUGAUUUAAAAUACGCUCCACCUAAUUAUUACAUUGUAAAAUUAACAUUUGCUAUUAUUGGGCCAGUUUUUAUUAUUGGUCUAUUGUGUGCAAUUGUGUUGUUAUUUAUGCGUCGUACACAUCAGAAACGUUUACUGGCAGCUAGAGCGAAACAAGAUCCCGAUUCUUAUUUUGCUAGUGAAGAUUUAUUAAGAGCUACAGCAACGGGGGAUAGUACUUUACGGGAAAUUUUGGAACAUUCUUUAACAUCUGGUAGUGGAUCAGGUUUACCAUUAUUAAUUCAACGUACACUUGCAAAACAAAUAUCAUUAGCUGAAUGUAUCGGAAAAGGACGCUAUGGUGAAGUAUGGCGUGGUAUUUGGCAUGGUGAAAGUGUUGCCGUAAAAAUAUUUUUUUCACGCGAUGAAGCCAGUUGGACUCGAGAAACAGAAAUUUAUAGUACAAUACUGUUACGUCAUGAAAAUAUAUUAGGUUAUAUUGGUUCAGAUAUGACGUCACGUAAUAGUUGCACACAAUUAUGGUUAAUUACACACUAUCAUCCACAAGGCAGCUUAUAUGAUUAUUUACAAAAAACAGCUUUAUCUCAACAUCAAUUGAUGAAAAUUUGUUUAUCUAUUGCCAAUGGCUUGGUGCAUUUACAUAGUGAAAUAUAUGGAACACAAGGUCCACAGGGUCCUAAGGGGAAACCAGCUAUAGCACACAGAGAUAUUAAGAGCAAAAAUAUAUUAGUUAGAUCAAACGGUUGUUGCGUAAUCGCAGAUUUUGGAUUAGCAGUUACUCAUGUCCAAUCCACAGGCGCUUUAGAUGUAGGGUCAAAUCCUAGAGUUGGUACAAAACGUUAUAUGAGUCCUGAAAUAUUAGAUGAAACAAUAAAUAUGGACUGUUUUGAAUCUUUUCGACGUGCAGAUAUUUAUUCGUUAGGUCUAGUAUUUUGGGAGGUUUGUAUACGAACAUUAAGUAAUGGAAUUGCCGAAGAGUAUCAUCCACCAUUUUAUGAUGUAGUACCUAAUGAUCCAUCAUUUGAAGAUAUGAAAAAAGUUGUUGUUUGUGAUCAACGAAGGCCUAAUAUACCCAAUCGUUGGUCAAGUGAUCCAGUUUUAAGUGGAAUGGCAAAAUUAAUGCGAGAAUGUUGGCAUCAAAAUCCAAAUGUGCGUUUACCAGCAUUACGAAUAAAAAAGACAUUAUAUAAAUUGGCGCGUGCUGAUUGUAAUUUAAAUUCUGAUUUCGAUAUGGAUAUUUGUGUUUAAUCAAACACAAAAUAAGUGUCGAUUAUAAAUCACACGCUCCAAAAAAGAAAAAUUACUUCGUAUCAUCAAAAAAUAUGUUUUAUUUAACGUAUAUUUCGUGAUAAUUUCAUUUGUCAUAUCGAUAUUUACUAUGUAUAUAGGAAUUUCAGUUCUCAUAUCAAAUUUUCGAAUAUAUAUCAUACAAUCCUCAUUAUCUUCAAGGUAUAAAAUAUACCUUAUGGAAUUAUGAAAACCUCUAGAAGGAAAUAUUAAAUCGAUAUUUUAUUUACUCAGAAAAUCAGAAUAAUUUAUUUAUUGAAGUACAAAAUUUUACAUUUUGUAUUUAAAAGAAGAUAAAAAAACUUUCCGAUACGCGUAAUGAUUAGUAUGUUUAAGAGAAAAUUGCAAUUUUUGGAGCAGUAUUUCGGUGACGAAAAAUGCUUUAAAAUUUGUAAUUUCAAUCGACUGUUAUAAAACUGUUAAGAGAGGCUUUCGUGACGAGUCUAUACAUCUGCUCUAAAAAUGAUCGUUGAAAUUCGGAGUGUCUUUUUAGGGGUGAUGAUUAUCGUUGAACAGAUCGUACCGAAUCUUCACCGAUGGUUACUUGGACAUUUUUUUAUGUUCAAAGAAAUUAAAUUUUACUAGAGUUUGACGUCACAAGGAUUGUUGCUAUUACCGCCAUAAAAAAAAAUGGGUAGACAGUUUGUUGUAAGAAGUAUUAUUCUUUAAAAGUUUUUGAUAAAACAAUUUGUUAAUUGAUGAUAGUUAAAUAUAUUAAACGAAAAAUUUUAUACAAUAGUAAAAGUGCCAUUCUUUAAAAAAAAAGUGCGAUUUUGAAUACAAUGCUCACGAUAUGUUUUUAAGAAAAACAAUUCAAUAUAUUAAUUGUGUGAGUGUUUAUUUUCAUCCUAUUCGUCCUAAAUUGUAUCAAAGCUUUAUUGAUAGGCGUGAGGAAAAGACUUAGUAGGAAAAGAGUUACUACGAGCAAUGGAAUCACAUCUUUAUAAUUAAGCAAUUUUAUUGUAACUCGAAUUCAGUUUUUUAAUAAAUAAAUGUGGUUUCUUUUGAAAAUGUACUGUAAGUAUUAUUUUAAUGUACAUAAGAAUUAUUUUAAUUUGCAUUUACAAACAAUUAGUGUUGGACUCUGUGUAACUUUGAUUUAAAACGCUACUGUUUUGAAUUCAGUAA